AUGGGCUCUCGAAAGAAAGAAGCAGCCCGCCGAGAGCGGCAGGGCGUUUCGACGGACGGCAUGGCAAAUGUCAAGACCAAAGGCGAAAACUUCUACAGGAGUGCCAAAAAGGUAAAGACGUUGAAUAUGCUCAAGGAUGGGAAGGCCCAGAGAAACGCUUCUGGGAGAAUUACCAAAUCCGCCUCCUACCAGUCUCGCGAGACUCCGAAAGCACGAGUUGAGCCUAAUCGGAAGUGGUUUGGGAAUACUCGAGUCAUAUCUCAAGAUGCACUGGAAUCAUUUCGACAAGCUGUGGCUGAAAGGACCGCCGACCCAUACCAGGUUCUCCUCAAGACGAACAAGCUACCCAUGAGUUUGAUACGGGACAAUGAGAACACGAAGCAUGGGAUCAAACAACACCAAGCAAAGAUCGCAGUGGAGUCGGCCCCAUUCGCUGAUACAUUCGGACCUAAGUCGCAGCGGAAACGUGUGAAAAUCAGCUCAGGAACCGUCACCGACCUCGCCGACGAGUCUGUUAAGAUGCAUGACAACUACCUAGAGAGACUUGAAGAGAACAAGCUCCUGAGCGGGCAAGCCUCUGCGGCAGAAACUAUGCAGGGACAGGAAGAUGGGGCAUUAACUACCGCCCGCGAACCCAUAUUCUCCAAGGGCCAAAGCAAGCGGAUCUGGAACGAAUUGUACAAAGUCAUCGACUCUUCCGAUGUCGUAAUUCAUGUCCUCGACGCACGAGACCCUGACGGUACGAGAUGUCGAAGCGUCGAGAAAUACAUCCGGGAAGAGGCACCUCAUAAGCAUCUGAUCUUCGUCUUGAACAAGUGCGAUCUAGUCCCGACGAAAAUCGCUGCUCAGUGGGUACGAUUAUUGUCCAAGGAUUAUCCCACCCUCGCUUUCCAUGCUUCGAUGACGAACUCAUUCGGCAAAGGAUCUCUCAUCACACUUUUAAGACAAUUUUCCACUUUACACUCUUCACGAAAACAAAUCUCGGUUGGGUUCAUUGGCUACCCUAAUACCGGGAAGUCCUCGAUCAUCAAUACAUUACGAAAGAAGCGUGUCUGUACAGUCGCCCCGAUUCCAGGUGAAACGAAGGUUUGGCAGUAUAUCACCUUGAUGAAGAGGAUAUACCUUAUUGAUUGCCCUGGUGUCGUCCCCCCGAGCCAGAGCGACAGUGAAGAAGACAUCCUGCUGAGAGGUGUUGUUCGGGUCGAAAAUGUCGAACAUCCUGCACAGUAUGUAGAAGCUGUCCUUCGAAGGACUCAAACGCGUCACAUUGAGCGAACCUAUGAAAUGAAAGCGUCAGAGUACGACAACGACCCUAUUGAGUUUUUGAGUAUCCUUGCCCGGAAAGGUGGAAGAUUAUUAAAAGGUGGCGAGCCAGAUGUCGACGGUGUUGCCAAAAUGGUUCUCAAUGAUUUCUUACGAGGCAAAAUCCCGUGGUUCACACCUCCUCCGAAGAAGGAAGGCGGAGAUGCAGCCGAGGUUGAAGAAGCUAAGGACGUUGUGGAAGGGCGGGAAGGACGACUAGGCGAGAUGCCUGGAAAGCGAAAGGCUGCUAGCCCUGAGUCUGACCAGGAGGAGGACGACGCAGCCGGUCAGUCUGGCACCGACAACUCAGCUGAACAGGACGCCUCCAGUGACGAUGAACUUGCCUCAUUUGACGAUGACGAUGAUGAAGAAAGUGAAACGAGUGGUCCUGAGUAA